UAGAUGGCCUAUUACCCGACUCGGUGGCCUUCGGGACAGACGUAAGUGUGUGUCGACGAGCCCUAGUGGCACCGGGCUGAAGCGAUCUGGGGAUUUUGCAGUAUAGUAACGUAAUGACAGCUACGGCCAAAUGACCAGUCGAACAGCUGCCGCUUGGAUGCACCAGCUCUCCGUGAAACAGAUAAUGGGACUGGAAAUGAAUCAUCAGAACAGAAGAGCGCUUUGAGUGCACCAUUAAUGUACGCAUCUUUAAAAAAAAAACCCGUCGGUCUGGGAAACCGUUUAAAACACUUUGCUGUCGAUUAGCAGUAAAACAAGUUAAACUAGAAAUCCCGAAACCAAAGUUAAACCAGAAAUACCGAAAUCGUAUGACGCGCGUGUGAGGUCGGUCGGUCGCGACGGUCGCCGCAGAGCGGAGCAGUGCGCGCGGUUCUGGCGGGGAGAGGCGACAGGCUGCUCACCCGCCGCAGCAACACACCAACUGACUGCGGAUAUAAACAAACACACGACGGGCGAGGAGAGGCUCGCCAACACAUCGAGGAGUCCUUCGGCACCUCGAUGGUCGCUGAAGGUUAUAUGAAACGGAUUACGAGCGCUGACAUUUGUUUCAAGCCCUUUUAUUCCUACGGAUAUCUAACAUUGCCUAUGUGUUUGUGCGUUUAAAAAAAUACCAACGAAAUGACGGAGCUGAGAAAGCGAGGAGCAGGAGGCGGGGACCCUAACAGUACAGAAAACAUCAGUGAUAAGGAGGCAGAUGGACAGGACCGACUGGGGCUCCAUGGCGAAGGAGAAGCAGACAUGGAGGGCGAAUGCAAGGCACACACCCCUGACAUGCCGCCAGGAGACGGCAACACUCCGCAGUGUCUCAACAGGGCCCUAGAGGGCCUGUCCUCCAGAUGGAAGAACUGGUGGAUACGAGGAAUUUUGUCCCUGACCAUGAUCACGGGGUUCUUCCUCAUCAUCUAUUUGGGACCACUCAUGCUUAUAUUUGUCGUAAUGAGCAUUCAAAUAAAGUGUUUCCAGGAGAUAAUAACCAUCGGCUACAGGGUGUACCAUUCCUAUGAGCUGCCGUGGUUCAGGACACUCAGCUGGUACUUCUUGAUUUGCGUGAACUACUUCUUCUACGGUGAGACAGUGGCCGACUACUUCGGCGCGCUGGUCCGGAGGGAAGAACCCUUGCAGUUCCUCGUGCGUUAUCAUCGUUUCAUUUCUUUCACACUCUACCUGGCAGGGUUCUGCAUGUUUGUUCUGAGCCUGGUGAAGAAACAUUACCGCCUGCAGUUUUAUAUGUUUGCCUGGACCCAUGUGACCCUGUUGAUUGUGGUAACCCAGUCUCACCUGGUUAUUCAGAACCUUUUUGAAGGGAUGAUCUGGUUCAUUGUGCCAAUAUCAACGGUCAUCUGUAAUGACAUCAUGGCUUACCUGUUUGGCUUCUUCUUUGGAAGAACUCCUCUGAUUAAGCUCUCUCCUAAGAAGACCUGGGAAGGCUUCAUCGGUGGCUUCUUCUCCACGGUGGUCUUCAGUUUCCUCUUCGCCUACCUGCUCUCCCAGUACCAGUACUUUGUGUGUCCGGUGGAGUACAACAGCGAGACGAACCGCUUCACCGUAGAGUGCGAGCCCUCGGACCUGUUUGUGAUGCAGGAGUACACGCUGCCGGCCACAGCUCAGAACCUUCUCAGAUGGAAAACGGUGAACCUGUAUCCAUUUCAGAUCCACAGCAUCGCCCUCUCCACGUUCGCCUCGCUGAUCGGCCCGUUCGGAGGCUUCUUCGCCAGCGGCUUCAAAAGAGCGUUCAAGAUCAAAGACUUUGCGGACACCAUCCCAGGCCACGGCGGGAUCAUGGACCGCUUUGACUGUCAAUACCUGAUGGCAACGUUUGUUCAUGUUUACAUAGCGAGCUUUAUCAGGGGGCCGAACCCCAGUAAGGUGUUACAGCAGCUGCUGGCGCUGCAGCCUGAACAGCAGCUCAGCAUUUUCAACACACUGCGCAACCACCUGCGAGAGAAGGGCAUGCUGCCCCCUGCUGUGCUGGAGGCUCAAUGAGAGAACAGGCAGCCAGUCGCUACAGCAGUUAACAUUUAACUCUUCAGAUAUUCACACAUGAGUGUGAGCGCACAACCCCCCCCCGCCCCCCUCCUCAAAACAUCCUUUACAGCAUAUCUAGUUUUGCAACAACAGAAUUAAGACUUUACCAGCAGACUUUGCCUCAUGCUUCCACUGCAUGAACAGCUUGUUGAUCUACAAAAAAAAAAAGAAAUGGAGCAGCAACCACACAUGGCCACAUGAGGGAGGUGUGGUUCUUUUUGCCUUGAACCAUAUACAAGAACACGUCUUCUGACAAACAGCGAAAGACAGAAGCAUGUGGUAAGUGAAUGUCAGAGGGCUGAAAGUGUGAAAUAUGCACAGCGAGUGCAUUGCACUGAUCGUGAAACAUUCUAGAAUACAUUUGUGGUUUUUUUCCAUCUUUUCUUUUCUCCUCUAGUCAGCAGAACAGAAAUAGGCCACUUUGUGUCUGCAGUAAGGCUGUGACAUUGGCUUGUGAAACGCUAUUACACAAAAUUAGCAUGUAACCCGUGACUCCUCAGUGAUGUCCUUACUGGCAGCAUAUGAAGCAAAACACCCAAAAAUGAAAUGCACUCAUAGUUAUCAUGAAAGUAGCCAUUUUCUCUUUUCUCAUUGUGUGUGUGUGUGUGUGUGUGUGUGUGUGUGUGUGUGUGUGUGUGUGUGUGUGUGUGUGUGUGUGUGUGUGUGUGUGUGUGUGUGUGUGUCUGUGAAUUCUAGAAUAUCAGUAGCAAUGGACUUCAUUAACUAUGGAAUUUAGAUGAUGUAGGUGUGUGUAUGUGUGUGUGUGUGUGUGUGUGUACAUAUCUCUCAUGUAAAUAGUAUAAAGAUUAUACUAAAGGAUUUACAGUAUUUUAUUUAUAU